UCAGAGACUACUCCUCCUCCAAAUCUCAGAUCUACGAAAUUGCACUCCCAACUUCAAAAGAUUCACUCUUGCGAGACAAGAACACCGUUAAACGAAUUCAAUCCUGAAAAUUCAAAGAGCUUUUUCUGGCUAAGUUUUUUCUUGGAUCCGUAGAAAGUUUUAUCAUCUCCUGCAAAUUCUAGAGUCUGUGCCGACACUUAUAUUUAUAUUUGGUAUUUGGAUUUGGAUUGCAUAUAGAAAGCUUGAAUCAUGUGGGGUAGUAUCGCGAAUUUGAAGGAGAACUUGAACAAGAUCGCCCUUGAUGUUUAUCAAGAUGACGACGACGACGAGGAUGUGCUAGAGAUUUAUAGCAGGCCCAACGGAUUCAAUUCUCCCAUCUCCGAUCGGAGGAAUUCUCAUAGUUUUGCCCACUCAAAAUUGGGUCCAAGGUCACCGCUCUCAAACGGGAUGGAUGAUCCUGCUGCGUUUAGUUCUGAGAUUGAACACUACAAAUCAGAGAUUAAGAGACUUCGGGCAUCUGAGGCAGAAAUCAAAGCACUGUCUGUUAAUUAUGCAUCUUUACUAAAAGAAAAGGAGGACCUAAUUGUCAGAUUGAAUAGCGAAAAUGGCUCAUUAAAGCAAAAUUUGGAGUCAACAAGUAAAGCUUUAAGUGUCUCCAGAAAUGAUAGUUCUGCAGCAUCUUCAAAGGGCACUGAUCCAGUGAAGGGAAGUAGUGAUCAAGUUUCCAAUCGACAUCAUAAGUUUGCAUCUCAUGUAAAAAAUCGUCAUGCUGGAAGCUCAAAGCUCAAUGGUGUUGUUUCAAGAAAGGAAUCUAUGAACAAUGGAAUCAUAUCUGCUUUGGAUUCUGAUGCCAUUCAAAAUGAGAUGGAACCUAAACAGUCUGAUUUGCAAGGAAAGGACAAGGAGGUUGCAGAGUUGGUGGACGGAAGAAAUGGCUCCACAGUUGCAGCACAACAUACUUCUGAGAUUAGAAAAUUGAAUACAGAACUGGAGAAGGAACGUGAUAGACUGGCAAAAAUUCAGCUACAAUUUCAAGCGGAAGUGACAUUAAACAAGUCCCUUCAGGAGGAGCUUAAAUUAUCGAAGAUGGAAAUAGACAAAACAUCAAAGGAGAUGAGCAAAAUACAUGAUGAAUUGAAUGAGAAAGUAUCAGAAAUAAAGUGUCUGCGAAUGGAGUUGAGUAGACGGGAGGAUGAAGAUGCAGAUGCUGUAGAUAGCUUGAAAAAAUUAAUCAAAAGCCUCGAGAAGGAAAAUGUCACCCUUAAGGUCGAGAAGAAGGAGCUUGAGACUGCACUGGAAACAAGCAAGAAGUCUUUCACUGGUAAAAUGCCAGCAGAUGCUUCUCUGAUGGAUUCAAGCAGUAUGAGUGAGAUGCCAGAUUCUUCCAAAAGUUUUCCAGAAAAGGAAGAAAUGGAAAGAUCCUUGCAAAAGCUAAGUAAAGAUUUAAAGGAAACCCAGGGUGAAAGGGACAAAGCAUUACAACAAUUGACCCGCCUUAAGCAGCAUUUGUUGGAAAAGGAAUCUGAAGAAUCACAAAAAAUGGAUGAGGAUAGCAAAGUCAUUGAGGAACUACGUGAAAGCAAUACCUUUCUAAGGGCACAAAUUUCUCAUCUUGAAAAGAGUCUAAAGCAGGCAAUUGCAAGUCACGAGGAACAGAAGAUGGCAAGCGGCAGUGAAGUCCUUAAGUCCAGGGAAAUCAUUGAUGAUCUGAACAAGAAGCUUGCAAACUGUACAAGCAUAAUAGAUGCUAAGAAUACUGAACUUUUAAAUCUACAGACAGCUCUUGGGCAGUAUUAUGCUGAAAUUGAAGCCAAGGAACAUUUGGAAGAAGAGAUGGCUCAUGCAAGAGAAGAAUCAGCUAGACUUUCUCAACAAUUGAAAGAUGCCGAUCACAGAGCAGAAGUAUUGAGGGGUGAAAGGGACGAAAUUUUGGCCAAGCUUUCACAGUCUGAGAAGGCUCAAUCGGAGUGGAGAAUUAGACUUAGCAAGCUUGAAGAAGACAAUGCCAAACUGAGGCGAGCUCUUGAGCAGAGUAUGACACGGCUAAACAGGAUGUCUGUGGAUUCAGAUUUUCUUGUUGACAGGCGCAUUGUUAUAAAGUUACUUGUAACCUAUUUCCAGAGGAAUCACAGCAAAGAGGUUUUGGAUCUCAUGGUUCGCAUGCUAGGAUUCUCUGAUGAGGACAAGCAAAGGAUAGGUAUUGCUCAACAGGGUGCCGGUAAAGGUGUCGUCCGUGGAGUUCUUGGGUUACCUGGUCGCCUGGUUGGAGGCAUCUUGGCGGGUAGUCCUGCUGAAGCAGCUGCAAAUGUGGGAUCCGAAAACCAGUCAUUUGCAGAUAUGUGGGUUGAUUUUCUGCUCAAGGAAACACAAGAAAAAGAGAAGAGAGAUUCAGCAGAAAACAGUAGUACUGGCUUGUAUGGAAGUCCAAAUACUACUCUGCCGCCAUUUUCCAGUCAAAGACCAACCACCGGAACAGCAUCUGUUUCAUCAAUGAGUUCAUCAUCUAACCAUAAUCUCAGCCCUCCACUGCACGGAAAUUUCCCGCGCUCCGAACGUCUCAGCUCCGAGUUUUCAACAGUGCCUCUCACGCCGUCAGAUAGCAAAACUACAAAUGCAACACAGCCUACAAGGUAGGACUGCUUGAAUGCAUUUGAAGCUGUAGUUGGAUUUGAGCCGAGAUUAUCAUUUUAUCCCUUUGUAAGUGAUUAUUAACAUUAACCCAGUUCUCGUUGGUCCAUCAGAUUGUAGUAUUGUACCCGUUUGAUUUGUUAUUUUAAUAUAUGAAUAAUAUUCUCCUACAAAUUGAUAUUACUUGAUCAUUAUCAC